UGCCUAAUGGUAUUUUAAAUGUUGGAGUGCUUGAUUCAGUUGGUGAGAGCUGGAGCCACACUCAACGUCUCCACCACUCGCUACGCCCAGACACCGGCCCACAUUGCUGCUUUUGGAGGACAUCCUCAGUGCCUGGUCUGGCUGAUUCAAGCAGGAGCCAACAUUGACAAACCAGACUGUGAGGGUGAAACUCCCGUUCACAAGGCGGCUCGCUCCGGGAGCCUGGAGUGCAUCCAUGCCCUUGUGGCAAGUGGGGCUCGUGUCGACCUGAGAAAUGCCAGUGGCCUGACCGCAGCAGACAUUGCACAAACCCAGGGUUUCCGAGAGUGUGCCCAGUUGCUCUUGAACCUCCAGAAUUGUCACCUGAACCGUUUCUAUAACAAUGGCACCUCAAAUGGGGGUCACCAGAGUGUAUUUCCUACUCACACUAGUGUGGGAACAAAUCGAAAGAGAUGCUUGGAAGGUUCGGAAUCCUUUGGAGUAAAGAAAGCUAGAACUGAAGCUCAAAGCUUGGAUUAUGCCAUGUCACUAGUGAAUGGUGAGACAGAAGACGAUGCUGACAAAAUGCACAUUGAUAGAGAGUUGGCUGUUGUAACAGAUAUGAAAAACAGUAGCUCCGUACCGAAUACAUUGACAAAUGGAUCUGUCAUCAAUGGACAUUUGGACUUCCCCUCCACAACCCAGCUCAGUGGGAUGGAAAGCAGGAAUGACCAGUACUUAACAGGAUCUAAUGGAAUUAGCAAUGGAUUAGUUCCAGGACGACCAUUUCCAAGUAGCCAGGGUUCUCUCUGUGUUAAUGACACUGAGGAGCCAGAAAAGACCAUGAGCGUUAACCCUGAGAUGUGCGGCUCUCUGCACCUGAAUGGGAGUCCAAGCAGCUGCAUAGCCAGUAGACCUUCCUGGGUGGAAGACAUUGGGGAGAAUUUGCACUAUGGACAUUACCACGGGUUUGGGGACACCGCUGAAAGCAUCCCUGAGCUGAACAGUGUGGUCGAGCACUGCAACUCGGUGACAGUGGAGGAGCGCUACAACAGAGCCGUGCUGGGCGCCAUGCACCUGCACCACGGCUCCUAGAGAUGGGGGCCCGUGCUCAGACACACACAGUCCUUUAUGGCAGCCAGCUUGGAGUGGCUGGAAGGACUGUCAUGAUGUCUACUGUUUUUUUAUGCAUUAACUGUCUGGAAAAGUAAACUUUCACUCAGCUUCCCAGCGAGUGCGUCUUUGUGCAUGAGUAGGGCUGGCUUAGUGCAUAGAUGUUUCUACUGUGCAGUAUCGCUCCUUUUAUAAGGUGCACUUUUUGGAGUUUAAUUUUUCUGAUGCCAAUCUCAACAUUUUCUUUUUAAUACUGUCACCAGAAAUUGCCAUUUCUCCUUUUGUCAAACUGAAUUAUAUCUGAUCAAGAUAAAUUGGGGCAGUAAAAUACCUGGCAAUUUAUCUCUGUUUGCACAGGGGUGUCAUUUUGAAAAGCUUGCUUUUACUCUUUCCUGUAGUUUGUGAUGGAACACGGCUAUUUCCCUAUGCAAGGUUCAGCCUUACAAAGAUUUCUUGCAGUGAAGUGUAUGUCUUUUUCAAUGUCUUUGCAUUGAAACUUAAACUUUGCAACUUGCUGUGUGGUGAAGGUUUUAGUUGUAGACAGACACAGUGGUUUGGGGGUAUAAAUGGUCCCCUUCUUUAAUGACGUAGACCACUGCCUUAGGUUUCAUUUUGAAACAGGCUCAGCCUGGAACUGAAUCCUGAUUUAUUGUGGGUUUAUUCCACAUUUCCUACUAGGUGUCUAGAAUUUUUACCGCAGAUAAUGGUUUCCUUUAUAUGUAGUGGAAGUUACUAUUUGUAGGACUGGUCAGGUAAAGAUACUUAACUGACCAUUUUGACUUAACACUUUUCUUCUUUUUAUUUUUUGGGGUUUUCUGCUUUAAAAUAUACACCUCUAUGUAUAUCCAGUUAACAGGAUUUUGAAUCUCUCAGUAAAACUGCAUUAAUGUUUAUCGUUUUAUAGAAAUUGACUUAUAUUUAGACAAGUAGUGGUUACUCUGUGCAAAUAUUGUAAUGAAUUUUUACUUUUCUGAUUUUUGUAUAAUAAAAAUUGGUGCAGAUAGCGAAAACGUCAAAUGAACAGACCCAUGUUCUAAGAGUGUUAUUAACAUUUUGUUUUAAGACUGUCCUUUACAAAUUGAAUAAAAAAAUUUUCACACUUA